AUGGAUUUUUGCAGCACUUGUCUUCCUCUUCGAAUCACGAAGAUUCAAAAUGAAGUGAAAGAAAAACCGAGAGAAACUCAUAUUUAUUGCAAUAAACGAUUAAGUAAUGUUCGUCAUGUUGUAGUCGGCACACGAAGCAUUUUUAAUGAUGAUUACACUGCACAUAAUGCAAAUGCUUUUGAAUUGUUGGGUUUUGUGUUUAUGCUGCUUCAAGUUCAUCUAUGGAUGAAAGUGGCACACGAAACGAUUUAUUAG